AUGAGUGAAGUAUAAGAAUUAAUUGAUAAUUUUGAAAAAAUAGCAAUCAAAGAUAAUAAUGAUAAAGAAGAUAAAAAAGAUUAGAAAAUAGAACAAUAGAAUAAAUAAGAUGAACCAAAUAAUAUAAUUAUGAAAGAAUCAAAUAAUGAAGAAUUAUAAUAAUAAUAAUAAAUCUAAGAAAAUUAAACUUAAAAAGAAUCAUAAAUUGAUCAAAAUAAUUAAAAGGAACUUAAUAAUAAUUAAUUUAAUGAAAAAGAAUUAGAAGAAGCCUUUAUUAAUAAAUUAGUUAUUUAAGAAUAAAAUAAAGAAGAAAAGCAAUAACAAUAAAAUUAAACUAAAAUUGAUGAUUAAGCAUAGACUUAGGAACAUACAAUAAUAAAAGGUACAAUAAGAAGUGAUGGAACUAUGAGAAAAGACAUAAAAGUAAGAGCUGGAUAUAAAAAUGCUGAUAUGAUUCAAAGAUAUGUCAUACCUUAAAAAAGAAAAUGA